UAGAAUACCAUUUUUGCUUAGUAUAGAGAAGAGUAGUGUACGUUAAUCGCUCUUAUUUUAUAAUACAAAUUACAACCGAAAUAUUUAUACCCGUCCUCUUCCUGUCUUCACUGUACAAUACCCUAAGGAUAUUACUCCUUCAAACCCGCCACCCUUCCUCAUCUCAUCACUCUCUUUAACCAAAAUUAUUAAGACACUAUUUUCUCCCUUUCUUUAACUUUUUUUUUUCUCUGAAAUUACCUAUUUUUUCAUUCUUUUUGUUAUUUAAUUGUUUUUUUGAUCUAUCAAAAAUCUGUCCUUUCAUCAAUCCAUCUGUUUGUCUAUCAAUUAGAUUGGUAACUGGUAAAAUACCCACAAAAAAAAAAUUAAAUUUAUCAUCUUAAAAUUUUGAGUAGAUGCAAAAAGGUAUUCAUUGAGUAAAAAAGAAAGAGUGGAGUAUAUAUAAAAUGGCACCAAGUUUUGAUUAUACUGUAUCCAAUCUAUUGUGUGCAGAAGAUAACACAAGUAUUUUCGAUGAAGUUGAUAAUAAUUAUAUUGGGGAUGAUUUUGAGAUUUGUAGUAACUGGCAAAAUGGAAAUGUAAGGAAUUUUCAUAAUCAAGAUUGUAACUUUUUUGGUAUAACUGAGGAUAAAUUUUCUGGGUUUUUUCUGCAAACUGAUGAAUGCUUAGCAUCCAUGUUUGAAAAAGAAAGAAAAUAUUUUCUGGGUCUUGAUUAUUUGAACAGAUUAAGUUGUAGGGAUUUGGAUUUGGCUGCUAGAAAUCAGGCUAUUGAUUGGAUUCAAAAGGUGCAUUUCCACUAUAAUUUUGGCCCUCUUUGUGCUUAUCUAUCUGUUAACUACUUGGAUCGUUUUCUUUCAGCAUAUGAAUUACCUAAGGGAAAAACUUGGAUGAUGCAGUUGCUGGCUGUUGCUUGUUUAUCACUUGCUGCUAAAAUGGAUGAAACUGAUGUUCCCCUGUCCUUAGAUUUACAAGUUUGCGACAGCAAGUUUGUAUUUGAAUCAAAAACAAUUCAAAGAAUGGAAUUGUUGGUGUUGAGUACAUUGGAAUGGAGAAUGCAGUCAGUGACACCAUUUUCUUUCAUAGAUUACUUCUUAUAUAAGCUAAAUGGGGAUGUAAUGCCACCAGAAAGUCUAAUUUUUGAAGCCACCCAACUUAUUCUAAGCACAAUCAAAGGAAUUGACUUGAUGGAAUUCAGACCUUCUGUAAUAGCAUCAGCAGUGGCAAUCUGUGUUACACAAGAAACCCAAACAGGAGAAUUCACUGAUAAAGCUUUCGCUUUUCUAACUCAUCAAGUAGAUAAGGAAGAAGUGAUGAAGUGUGUUGAAAUACUGAAUGAAAUGAGAAUUAAAACUAGAUGUAAAGGAUGUAGUGAAGGUGGUAUAGCUUCAACAUCUGUACCUCAGAGUCCAAAUGGUGUGCUUGAUGCUGGAUGUUUGAGCAAUAAGAGUGAUGAAACAUCAACACUUUCUGCUACUGCCUUCUAUCCAAAUUCAGCUCCCAAGAGAAGGAAGUUACAGCAUUAGCAGACAUAUACAAAUUACGUUUUUAAGGGGCAGUUGUUUUUUUGCGAGUGUUUUUGAUGAUACGUUUAGUACAAAAAUAGAACAAAAAAAGAAAAAAAGGGUUAAAUUGUUUGGAAACUUUUCAAUAUAAGUGAGCUUAAAUAAUUAAUCGACUUAUAAAAUACUCCAUCUUUAGCUGUUGAAUAUUUCACUUAGCUGCUAUUGAAGACAAUACAUAAGAAAUUACCUUUUUUUUUUUUGGCAUGCGAGAGGAAAAUUUUUUUUAUUAAAUGGAAUCGAGGAUGAUAGAAUUUUCUUAUUCCAUGAAUCAUGAGAUUCCCUUAGUUGAUUGACUUGAUAGUUGAGACUAAUUAUGUUCUAUAUUUACUAAUUUUAAAAAUUAAGUCAAGAACUCAAUGUUAAAUAAAAU